AUGUCACCUCCAUCCUACAUAAUCCUCGGCGCUGGCGUGAUAGGCCUAACCACCGCCCUCGAGCUCCACUCCCGCCAACCCCACGCCCACAUCACAAUCAUAGCAAAGUACCUCCCCGGCGACCAUCACGCAACCUACACCUCCCCCUGGGCAGGAGCAAAUUGGCUCUCGGUCGCCACCGACAACGGCGUCCAAGAAUCGUGGGAUCGCGUUACAUAUCUAAAAUUUAAAGACCUUGCUGUACGAAGCAAAGAAGUGGGUGUGUAUAAAAUGCCCAUAACUGCUAUCUAUGAUUCGAAGAUUCAAGAGGCCGGAGUACUAAGUCAGGGGACGGGCAAGAUCUGGUAUGAGGGGCUGGUGGGUGGGAUUAAGAUGUUGAAAGAGAAUGAGUUGCCUGAGGGAGCGAGGUUUGGGUGUGAGUUGGAUACUUUUGUGGUUGAUACGCAAGUUUAUCUUCCUUGGCUACAAGGAGAAGCGAAACGUCAAGGUAUAGAGAUACGCAGAGGCAGUUUCGAGUCUCUUGAUGAGCUGUUCACUGCCUUUCCCUUAGUGAGCGCGUAUUUCAACUGCACAGGACUUGGCGCCUACUCGUUAGGAGGUGUAGAGGACAAGAACGUCUACCCAACAAGAGGUCAAAUCAUGCUCGUGGAAAGUCCCAAGACUCCCAUGACGAGAAUGUACUUUCGCUCGCCGCAAAGAGUCAACAAAGAUACCACUUAUGUUUUCCCGCGUGGUCCCCACAACGGUGUCGUUCUUGGUGGUGUUCGCCUCGACAACGAGUGGAAUGGGGACGUUGACCUAGAAUUUGCCGAAGACAUUAAAAACCGCUGCUGCGCUCUCGCUCCUGAAUUGGGCAAGCCGGAGGACUUGAAAGUCAUUUAUCAUGGUGUCGGACUGAGGCCAAGCAGAAAGGGUGGUGCCCGACUGGAGAGAGAAAAGUUUGACGAACGUUUAGUCAUUCACAAUUAUGGUGCUGGCGGUGCUGGGUAUCAAGCUUCAUGGGGUAUGGCGAAAGAAGCCGUCGAUUUGUUGCAAAAGGGCGCUCGUCUAUGA